CGUCGCGAUUGUAUUAAGGUAUUAGCGACUUAUUUCAAGCGCUUAUUCCACUAUCUUUUCAUGAGAACGAGGACAAAUCUUCCAUACAACAGGACCUGAAUUAUGAUAAGCCACUACCAAUUCCCCGGGAUCCUUCUCUUAGCAUUGCUGUCUGCUCCUUCGACGUAUGCAGCAGGUAUGGUCUCAUGCGAGGCGUCGAAGAGAGACAUUUCGAAGAUGACAAAAGAUAAUCUAUUCUUCACGAAAACCAAACCAUUGGUAAUAGGCCAUAGAGGAAACCCGAUUUUAUACCAAGAAAACACCCUGGAUGGUUACAAGAGCUUACUUGAUCUAAAUGUCGACGGCUUUGAGACGGAUAUAUUUUUAACGAAGGAUAAGAAAUUGGUGUUGUUUCACGAUGUUAACACAACGACACUAACGGGAGAGGAUCACAAUAUCAUGGAGAUGACGUAUGAUGAAAUAAAGAAACUUGACAUAAAGAAACAGAUAAAAUACGGAGAUCGUGUGUAUAACUACUCAAAAACCGAGAAGAUACCACUUUUGGAAGAUCUGUUAAAGUGGAUGAAUGGCUCUGGAAUGCUCAUGAUCUUGGAGAUGAAACCAUCCGACCCGCCAUAUAAUCUGAACCACAGCCGACAGACUGGUAUUGAGGUUGCGAGGAUGGUGAAGAGAAUGGGACUCGAAAAGCAGGUGGUUAUGAGCUCAUUCGAUCCAUUCAAAUUGUACCAUGCUCGGAAGGAACUUAGCGGAAUAGACACAUGUUUUUUGUUCACCAAAAAUUACUGGAAAAGCGAGAAGUUCUUGAAAGGGUCUAAAAAGGAUCUGGAACAACUUCCAGGUGUAAAGGACUGUGUAAAAAAUGUAUCAGAUGCUGAAUAUGGAAAAUUCAUUUUGGAAACACCAGCAUUGGUUAAAGCAAUCGGUGCCUCCAGCCUCGAUAUGGAUUAUGAUAUUUACAACAACGCCAAAUACUCAAAUGAUACUUAUGAGAUGUUCAAGACGAAAUACGGAAAGGAAUUUAGUUACGGAGCGUGGACCAUAUACAAAAUGAAAUUCAGUGAAAAAGAAUUGGAUGAUUCGGAGGGUAAGAUUCAGAAUUUGAUUGAUAACGGAGCUGGAAGAUUGUACGUUGAUGACAUCCCUCGUUUACUGAAGAAACUUGGGCGACCCUUGCGCCGUCCAGCAAGCUUGGGACAUUACAUUUCAGCUCCGCGUUUGUUAAUCACCAUCUUAAUGAUAUUUAGUUUAGCGAAAGAGACGAACUGAUUCAGGGAACCCCCCUUUUUAUUUGUUGAGUGAUUCAUGAUUUCUUUUUGAUCAGUUUAAUUUGCUAGUUACCCAUGCACAGACAAGCAAUCAUAUCCUCGGAGAAUAAUUUUCUUCACGCACGAUAUUUCUGAUUCAAAAAUAUGAGCCAUGUUUUGUUUUAUAAUAUACGUAAAAAUCUUAGUAUGAAGAUUGUAGUGGGAAAAAUUGCUCUUCUGUGCUUGGCUUCAAUGACAGAGACCACCAAUGGACAGGAAUAUAUAACAUUCGACACUAAAAAUUCAAGUAUACAACAUUCGACGUAUAAAAAGUCAGACCAUAAAUUGUCGCGUGAUUUUUUAGAAUAAACUCCUUGUUUCAAAUA